AGCAGCAGCGGCGGCGGCGUUUGAGUGGAGGAAGAUGGCGGCUCCGGGCGGCUGGGGGUCCCGCCAGCUGUGAGGAUCCCCGAGCACGGCCAGCGCGGCCUGGGGCAGAGCGCCUCUGCUCCGGCCCUGUCCCCGGCUCCCUCCCCACAGUCGCCAGCGGAGCGAACCCGAGAGCGUGGAGCGGGCUGGGCCAGCUGUCAAGUGGAAUGUCAUGGCCAGUUCCUCGGACAGUGAAGAUGAUAGUUUCAUGGCUGUGGACCAAGAAGAAACUGUACUGGAAGGGACAAUGGAGCAAGAUGAGGACCCCCAUCCGGUAUUGGAUGUUUUGGAGACGAGACAUGACAGGUCCAUGUCUGAGCUGCCAGAAGAGGUUCUGGAGUAUAUCCUGUCCUUCCUCUCACCGUAUCAGGAACACAAAACCGCAGCCCUUGUCUGCAAACAGUGGUAUCGACUUAUCAAAGGUGUGGCCCAUCAGUGUUACCAUGGUUUCAUGAAGGCUGUCCAGGAAGGAAACAUUCAGUGGGAGAGUCGGACUUAUCCUUAUCCUGGAACCCCAAUCACUCAGCGGUUUUCACACAGUGCAUGCUAUUAUGAUGCUAAUCAGUCUAUGUAUGUGUUUGGAGGCUGCACCCAGAGCAGCUGCAAUGCUGCCUUCAAUGACCUCUGGAGACUUGACCUAAAUAGCAAAGAAUGGAUCCGACCUCUGGCUUCAGGGUCCUACCCUUCCCCAAAGGCUGGAGCAACCCUGGUCGUGUACAAGGACCUGCUUGUGCUCUUUGGUGGCUGGACACGGCCAAGCCCCUAUCCCCUACACCAACCGGAGAGAUUCUUUGAUGAAAUACACACCUACUCACCUUCUAAAAACUGGUGGAAUUGCAUCGUGACAACCCAUGGGCCACCUCCCAUGGCCGGCCACUCCUCCUGUGUGAUAGAUGAUAAAAUGAUUGUCUUUGGUGGCUCUUUAGGAUCCCGACAAAUGAGCAAUGAUGUCUGGGUCCUUGACCUCGAGCAGUGGGCAUGGUCCAAGCCGAACAUCUCUGGCCCCAGUCCUCAUCCUCGAGGUGGCCAAUCUCAGAUCGUCAUAGAUGAUGCAACUAUCUUAAUCCUUGGAGGGUGUGGCGGCCCUAAUGCUCUGUUUAAGGAUGCUUGGUUGUUGCACAUGCAUUCAGGUCCCUGGGCCUGGCAGCCACUCAAGGUAGAAAAUGAAGAUCACGGGGCUCCAGAACUGUGGUGCCAUCCUGCCUGCCGGGUGGGACAGUGUGUGGUGGUCUUCAGCCAGGCUCCUAGUGGGAGAGCCCCCCUCAGCCCCAGUUUGAACUCUCGUCCAUCACCUAUUAGUGCCACUCCUCCGGCGCUGGUCCCCGAAACCCGAGAGUACCGCUCCCAGUCUCCAGUAAGGAGUAUGGAUGAAGCGCCAUGUGUUAACGGCCGCUGGGGAACGCUGAGGCCCAGGGCCCAGAGGCAGACUCCCUCAGGUUCCCGGGAAGGGAGCCUCUCCCCAGCUAGAGGAGAUGGCUCGCCCAUCCUCAACGGCGGGGGUUUGUCCCCAGGAGCAGCAGCUGGUGGUGGUUCUUCCUUGGACAGUCCUGUACAGGCCACAUCCCCAAGCACUCCGUCUGCCUCUGAAGGGUAUGACCUAAAAAUGGGACUUUCUUUGGCCCCCCGACGAGGGUCAUUACCAGAUCAGAAAGAUCUGAGACUGGGGUCAAUAGAUCUGAAUUGGGACCUGAAACCUGCUUCUGGUAGCAGUCAUGUGGAUGGUGUAGAAAACAGGACGGUUCCGGGGAGCGUGAGACACCCUCCAGAGCAGACCAACGGUGUCCACACCCCGCCACACGUGGCCAGCGCCCUUGCAGGGGCUGUCUCCCCCGGUGCCCUGCGUCGGAGUCUGGAAGCCAUCAAAGCGAUGUCAUCCAAGGGCCCCUCAGCCUCUGCAGCACUGAGCCCUCCACCUGGGUCUUCUCCAGGCUCCCCUGGGAGCCAGAGCCUGAGCAGUGGAGAGACCGCGCCCAUCCCCCGCCCAGGGCCUGCCCAAGGAGAUGGACAUUCCUUACCUCCCAUUGCCCGCCGCCUGGGCCACCACCCUCCACAGUCCCUCAAUGUCGGCAAGCCCCUGUACCAGAGUAUGAACUGCAAGCCCAUGCAGAUGUACGUGCUGGACAUCAAAGACACCAAGGAGAAGGGGCGGGUCAAAUGGAAGGUAUUUAAUAGCAGCUCUGUGGUCGGACCUCCUGAAACCAGCCUGCAUACAGUGGUACAGGGCAGGGGUGAACUCAUCAUAUUCGGAGGACUCAUGGACAAGAAGCAGAAUGUGAAGUACUAUCCCAAAACAAACGCCUUGUACUUUGUACGAGCAAAGAGAUAAUGUGUUCAAAACCCCGUUCCCUUCUGUGGCUUUUAAUUUGGAAUUUUCCAGUGUGUGAGCUUUUGGACUGAGAAUUGGGAAAACAACAUUACUCCCAUAAACCAAAACUCCAGCUCCCAGCUAACUCACUCCAGGCUGGGAUCAAAUCUCCAUUAAGAAAAAAAUUAUAUAUAAAUAUACAUAUAUAUAUUAUAUAGCCAACUCUGUUUACAAAAAAGGGAGAGAUCUCCGUCCUGUUCAGAUAAACUUGUUGCUGUGUUUUAGCAGAGACUGUGCUGCCUUUUUCUACUUUGCUGUUAAAUAGACCAAGAAGUUAGGGAACAGACUAACAAUCAGUAAUGUUCCAAAUGAAACUGAAGAGCCCCUGUAAAUCUUUACGUGGCCUUCUCAGAAUUAGAAAACGGACAGGCCUAGAUAAGACGCAAAGGAGGUUUCAGCCCCCGCCCCCAGGCUACAGGUGCUGGCAGGGUGAAAGUCACUUAAAGAACACUGUCCUUCCCCUCCUCCUAAAACCACAGAGGACCCGUGGCAGUGCUGCAGAAGUGCCCUGUGUCUGGAAGUCCCUCGGCAGGGGAUCUCAAUCCAUGCGUGCCAGGAUCAUCCUGAAAUAACGUUUCCGUCCGUUGGUCAUUUGCGUGCCCCAGCAUGUCUCAGAAAAUGCGUGGUAGCUGACCGUGGAAUUUUCUGACAAUCGUAUUUGGUUACAAGUUGCCAAAAACCGUGUGUGUUCUCCUUUUCCUUUUGAGAAUGGGUCCUCUGGCUGCCUUAACUGUUCAUAGGCUGCUUUAUUCCCAGCCCAGCCCAGCCCCGUUUUGUUUGUUUGUGUAUGGAUUUUUUAAGCCCUGAAACCUUUCUCACUUUGUUUCUUUUACAAAGCCUGGGUUCCUGGAGAAAUCAGAACCCUUUCCCUAGUGUUAACUAGGGGGCCAGUGGGGAAUUCUAAGAUGCCAGUGUUGUGAAAAAUCCUUAAACCAUCAAGACACUGUUUUUCCCCUGUGGGCUUCUUUUUACUUCCAAAGCACAUUGGGCACACCUGUCCAUAUUUGUAGAAUGUGAAAUCUGAUCCAGGGAGGGAAUCCUGAUUACAGUUCCUUCCAGAAAUGUUUUUCCCCCUUGCGAUGUGUCUUCUGCCUGGUGACUGGGUUGAGCAUCACGUUCUUGACCUUUGUGACAAGGCCGCCUGGGGAGCAGACCCAUCCUCUGUGCUUGUCUUAUUCACACAUCAUCCAAGCAGGGCUUGGACUUGGACUUCUGCUUCAUUUCUGAGAUAAGGUGCAGCCAAGUAGAACAUUUCUUUGGUUAAUACAGAAAGUUGCAAGUCACUAGUCUAAACCAUGGCCUGGACAUAGGAGAUGUCAAGUGGCACCAUUAAAAUAUGGAUUUCUGCUGGAUAGAGGAUUUUUAUUUUGCCCUUGGGUUUAAAUUUUAAAACAUCAUGUUUCUCACCCCACACUCAUUUUCUUGUUAGCAUUUCCCAAGCGCAGGCCAGGGCUGCAGCUGGCCCUGAGUCCUGGCUCUUGGCCAGCACUUAGCUGUCUGUCUGAUAAGUGUGUUUUCUCUAGUUACAUCAUGACGAACCCUUCCCUUAGCCAUUUGCUCUGCCUUCAUGGUCUUUGUGGGACAGGCCCCCUGGUGCCAAGCCCAGCAAAGGCCCUUUCACAGGGAGAGGUAUGUGUUCCAGAAACUGCUCUGUGUGCUCCCUCGGAUGAGGAAUGACCAUGUGCCUACUUCCUGCGGUAUCCCACUGCUCCAAGCCACGCACUCGGCUCUCCAACCCCCCUGCUCUGCGGCUGUGGCCAGUCCUUCCUUGGCCAAGACCAUCUAAUCAUGUGGGGUCUCGAUUCACAAAGCAAAGCCAGCCCAGAAGAUCAGCAAUUUCUGCAUUGCUGCUGCUGCUGAAUCUUGGUCGUGACGUUGUGUUUGUGCAUGGACAGUGCCUCCAAACUUAGUUCCUACUUCGAUAUCAACUACUUGGAAGCCUGAAAAUUCAGAAUCUCCACUUUGUGAUCUUUCCCUUUGUCCUGUGGCCUUCUUAACCUAGCUGUAAGCUGUUGGUUCCUUCUACUUUCUCCAAGUAGCAGGCAACGAAAAUGCCGAUCCUUUUAGAAAAUAAUCCAUUUCCUCUGAACUCCAUGGCUUCCCAGUAUUACCCACGCUGCUGGGAACCAGACUGUUCGUUUACAGCCCUGACAGAGAAAUCUGCCUCGUCCGCACCCGGUGGUGCAGGUCUCCUGGGCACUGAAGGUUCUUGCUACGGGAAGGCGACUCAACACAAUCACGGUGAUGGUCUCCUCAGCCCUGGCAAGGCCAUGCGCACAGUGGGACUUCAGGUGUCUCAGCAGAGGUGAGUGUGCCCACAGCGCCCUUGGAUCAGAUUUAACCAUGACUCCAUAUUGACGUGAUAACAAUUUUGUCUUAAAAUUCACUGAAAAAAAAGGAGACAAAAUAUUUUUUUCUUUAAACCCUCAGGAGCACCUAGCAAAUAUUAACAGUAUUUAAGUAUUUAAAAUACAUCUUGUUUCUACUUGAAGCUUUAACCCUUCCAUUCCUGCAAGUGUGCCUUUGAGAGCCCCAGGUGGUACUGUCUACACCCAUCACCACAUUGACCUCGUGUAGGGAUUUUAGUCUCUUCUACCCUCUUGGACAGAGCUUCCUGCUCUCAUGCCACGUGCAGCGGAGAGCGUUCUGUGUUGUCCCAGUUUCACCCUCCUCCACACUCAGAUGGUGGACUCUGCAACCCCACCCGCCCCCCACGUAUUGGAAGUACCAGUUGGGAGUCGAAAGAAGUUUGAAUUUUCGUUUUAAGGCAAUACUGGGCUCGCUCUCCUCCCAGCAAACCCACACCUCGGGUUUGAUUUUAAUGUUUGAGUUGCAUAGCAAGAGCUGAAACCAUGAACUGUCCAGGAACUGUGUUGUAACUCUAAAGACAAGACGAGAGGAGGAGGAAGAAAGCAAGCCACGUGAGAUGCUGGACUUUGAGGACAGAGCCACUGGCCAACGGAGAGCAAGGGGACGCCCCUUCCUUCACCUUGUCUUUCUGGGUUUCCUGCUGCUUCGCUUGUUUCCUUCCCUUUCAAAGUGAUGUACCUGGUUGGUUUGUCCGUCUGUCCUUGUCCUUGUGGUGGUCCUGGCAUGGUGGUGUGCUCUGCUUUGCAUUAUCUGUGGUCUCACCAGCGCACAAGUCAGUGGGGAGGGUCUGAAUGUGCCCGAGCCUGGGAAACCUGUGCUCGGGUGGCCUCCCCAGAACUGCGGAAGGCAUGUUCUGCAUGUCACCAGUGAGUGGCUCCCUCCCACCCCGUUCAUCACGCACACGAGCAGACCUUGGCAUUGGCUCUGGUGUACUCUCCCCGCUCUGCUCCCCUCCCGCCAACCAGGGUUCCUGUCAGUGCACCCAUCGUGCCUGGCGAAGCUGGUGCUGUGAGUGGUGUUUCCCAUACGACUCGGGGCUGCCAGGUGGCUUACCCUGAGACAGUCAUUUUAGGCACAUAACAGUGUAGGAAUGAAAAUGGAUUUCAUGGAUAUUUAAAUCUGUUGAUUUCAUUUUUUGUUAAUGUUUCCCCCAAUGACUUUUUAGCAAUUUAACAAAUAAAACAAAAUGGACAGAA